GCGGAAGAUAAAGAUUUUACGUUGCGGUUUAUUGAAACUUAUGCGUCCUUACCCGCUUUGUGGAAUACUAAGUGCGAAGCAUAUUCCAACCGCGAUGAAAAGUGUAAGCAAUACGACAUUCUGCUGGAAAUAUAUAAGGAAAGAUACCCCAAUGCAACGGUAGACGACGUAAAAAAAAAAAUCAACGUUUUGCGCACUAACUUUCGCCGAGAAAGGCAAAGAUUGGCUGAAUGCAGCAAAAGCGGAGCAGGCUGCGAUGAUUCGCUAGAGCCAAAUUUAUUUUAUUAUAACGAUAUGCAGUUCUUAAGCGAUGUGGACAUUCCAUGCUCGUCCAAGAGUACCUUACAAGGCAAGAAUCUUUUGAGGGAAGCUGUAUCUAAAGCGUCAAAAAGAAAGCUUGAUGCUACUGAAGCUUUAGUGGAAAUCGCUUCUAAACGUUUCGCGGGCAAGGAAAACUCGACAUCAACAGCAAUUACGAAUUCUUGGGCGGUGAAACUGGAUAGGAUGGCUACUGAACAACGGAUUCUCUGUGAAAAAUUCGUUGAGGACAUUAUGUUCGAGGGCCAAAUGGGAACGUUGACCCGGAACUCUGUUAAAAUAAACGCAGCUGCUUCCCACCCAAUCCCCGUAACUUUUAGCCGCACGAGUUCUCCUAUAGUGCAAUACUCCAGCACUUCUUCGACACCAGCCGGAUAUGAAAGCAAUAGUAUCACACCGGUUCAUUUCAGCAGCAACGAUUUUGUCGAUGGCAAUGUAUCAACUCAAUCGAUAUCUGAUUUUUUUUCAUCAUUUACUGACUGAUUAAAACCUCAAUUCGCGUUCUUUUCAAUUGAGUGAACUACAGUGCACUCGCCAUAAUAUGAACAUCCCAAAAUAUUAAUACUUUUUCGCUUCAUUGACUAUUCUAAACCAUGAACUUUUGGCUUAAGCUCUAAAAUGAAGUUCAUACUUUAGUUCAUAUUAUCGCGACUGCACUGUAUUUCAAUAAAAGACUGAAAAAUGUGAAAAGUAGUAUUAUUGUUCGACAUAAAACUGUAGGUACCUUUAUUUUUAUAUUUAUUUUUACGA